AUGGCUGCACCCAAGUUCAUCAAUCUGAUGGCCAUUGCCUCUCUGGCGCUCUACGUGUGCUGUCUCACUCCCAGCAGCGUCAACGCGCUCUCUGGCGUAGGCAGAAAUCCUCAUCUCAGCCGCAAUGUCGCACACGACGGCGUUGCGAAGAGGAGGAUGACGAAGAAGCGUUCCAACACCAAGCGGUGCCUGCCACGGUCGUCAAGCGGCGCCGUGACCAGCUCUGCUGUCGACACGGCGAGCGCGAGCUACUCGUCCACGCUUGAAUCCUCGGCUUCUUCCUACGAGGUGUCCUCUGCUACGACCUAUAGCUCUACCACGUCGGAUGCUCCCACCUCUACGUAUACCCCUACGACGUCUGACGCGCCCACCUCCACGUACACGCCCACCUCGUCUUCUUCGUCGGCGUCUGUGGCCACGUCUACCGCGGUUAGCACCGGUUCAUACUCUGGCAAGACCGGUAUUGCCUGGAACAAUGCCGACGCCAGCCUGCUCGUCAACUUCAAGACGGACGCCACCAAAUACCUGUACAACUGGAGUCCUUACAAGCCUGACAACGCAGACAGCCUUGGCUUCGAUUUCUGGGCCAUGCUGCCCAACGAGGAAUCCAUUGCCGCUUUCCAGCAGUACGUCGUGGCGGGUUAUGGCAGCACGAUCCUCGCCUUCAACGAGCCGGACCAGGCUGGCCAAGCAAACAUGGACCCGUCCACCGCUGCUUCCCUCUGGCUGCAGUACAUCGAGCCUAAGAAGGAUGAGGGUUUCAGGCUCAUAUCUCCCGCUGUCUCCUCCGGCUCUGACGGUAUUCCGUGGUUGGAGAGCUUCAUGAGUGCCUGCGACACUUGCACUAUUGAUGGAUGUGCACUGCACUACUAUGGCACUGAUGCGGAAGAUUUCAUCAGCUACGUUGAGCAAUUCCAUAGCACAUUCCCUAGCUGCCCCCUGCACGUCACAGAGUACGCCGAUGAGAACUUCAGUGAUGGUGCACAAGCAGACGAGAGCGAGAUCUGGGCUUUCUACUACAUGGUCGUCCCUUGGAUGGACUCGCAGAGCUACAUCGAAUCCUAUUUCCAGUUUGGCGUUCUUGAGGACAUGUCCGGUGUCAACACUCUGAAUGCUCUCAUGAGCUCCGCUGGUAUCGCGACUAGCCUAGGCGAUGUCUACAUCAACGACAACUGGAGCUGA